AUCCCAGUCCUGGAGUUCACUUUGUGCUGAGCGUCUGCCACAAUCCUGGCCAGCCUACCCCAUGAUGGCUUUGUGUCUCAAACAAGUCUUCAAUAAGGACAAAACAUUUCGUCCCCGGAAGAAAUUUGAACCCGGCACUCAGCGUUUCGAGCUGUACAAGAAAGCUCAGGCCUCCCUGAAGUCCGGGCUGGACCUGAAGGCCGUGGUGCAGCUGCCUCCCGGGGAGAGCAUCAAUGACUGGAUUGCAGUGCACGUGGUGGACUUCUUCAACCGCAUCAACCUCAUCUACGGGACCAUGUCAGAGUACUGCACAGAGAAGAGCUGCCCCAUCAUGUCGGGUGGGCUCAAGUACGAAUACAGGUGGCAGGAUGACAACAAAUACAAGAAGCCGACCAAGCUGUCGGCCCCCCAGUACAUGUGUAUGCUGAUGGACUGGAUUGAGAUGCUCAUUAACAAUGAAGACAUCUUCCCCACCAGGAUAGGUGUUCCCUUCCCCAAGCAGUUCCAGCAAGUUUGCACUAAGAUCCUCACCCGUCUCUUCCGUGUCUUUGUCCAUGUCUACAUCCACCACUUUGACAGCAUCAUCAACAUGGGUGCUGAGGCUCACGUCAACACCUGCUACAAGCACUUUUACUACUUCAUCAGGGAAUUCAGCCUUGUUGACCAUCGGGAGCUGGAGCCUUUGAAAGAAAUGACAGAACGAAUUUGCCACUGAAGUGAUUUUGGCAGAAAAACACAGCUGACUCAUU